CCAUUAACGUUUCUAACUCUGUUGUGCGUUCUCACCAGCGUCUCUGUUCUAUGAGAACCAACAAAUUCCCCGAAGGAUGUCAGCGGUACCUGGAGGACAGAUCAGAUGGAUCUCUAUGAUCAUCAUCAUCUUUGGCUUCUGUGAUGCCACAAGGUUUUACCAUCGCGUCAAAGAAACGGUUGAUCAUGCGACUGCGGUGACGAGAUGUGCCGACCUUGGACUGACUUUGGCAAUACUAGAAUCGGCAACGUCGUGGGAGUCGAUGAAGUCUGUCGUUCCUGCUGAAGCCUGGGCGGAGUACUGGAUUGGACUCGACUAUCUGUCCGGCAGUUUUGGAUGGGCAGACAAAUCUCCAUUCACCUGGACACAGUGGGAAGUUUCAAAUGAGCCUAACCUCCUUGCCUCCGAGCAGUGUGUUGUCACCAAUACAGACGGCGGGUAUAGGUGGUACACCCGGUCAUGUUCCGAUAAAUACUACUUCGUCUGCAGCGUCGACUUGGUCGGCGAGUAUUUCACAGAAAUAUUCCGUAAAGCACCCCCGAAUGACCCUGUGACGUCGUUUCCGGUUGUCAACCGGAUGCACUGUGUGGCCAGCUGUCGUCGCGACCCUGACUGCUACUUUGUGACUGUAGAGGUCAGUGAUGGGGUCAGCACGUGCGGCAAGUACAACUUCAACACAUUCCUGGCCGGCCUGUCACCCUCACCACGUGACUCCUGGAUACCCGUGGACCCGUGACAAGCAAUCUGGACAUGAGAUAUGUCUCUUAAUAUAAAUCUGGCCUAGGGACUGAAUAUGUUUUAUCUUGCUCUACUCCUAGGUAAAUUGAAGGACUAAGCACAGCUCGAACUUCUUCUGUACAAUCCGUUACUGAUCGAAUAACCUUACAACACAAAAUCAACUAACGAAGAGGUAUCGUUAAAAACAACCCUUUAUGUCUGACCACUACAUAUGUCAACAAACAUUUUGCCAAGCCAGUGGGCAAACAUAUCGGUGCACAACCUUCUGAUAUUUGCACAGAGUGCACCUAUCGCUUUCAGUUAUUCUGGGCAUUUGAUUGGCUGAUUUUGACCACAGACCUUCACGGGACUACUUUCGCUACACUUAUUCGUUCAUAUCUCCGUCACAAGAACACCGUUUUGGUUCAUCCGGGACAUGCAACCAAACACAGGAUGCCAAAGGGAGUGUUUAAUUUGCAUUUUUGUAAUCAAUUUCUGAAGCACCUUAGCAGAAAAACAAUACCUUAUUUUAGAUAUGCAUAUACAACUGAAUAAACGAGUUUGAAAUCUUAUUAUCUUCUUCCUCAAACAUUUGAUCAUAUAUUUACGAUACAAAAGUCGUUCUAUACCCCUCUUUUAACUU